CGUAUGUAACUACAAGAUAUGUAAAAUUAACUGGAGCACAUGGAUAAAGUAAUAAAUGUUGAGUGGAUGGAACAGCACAUGCAUGGGGUGGCAAAGAAAAAUACCACAAUCGUGAUCUGCAUGUUUCAUUUUAAAUAUCUUGUUGGUGGCGUCGCGUGGAAAGCAUGAAAAGUCAACAGGGAAGGGUAAUAUGGUAAUUUGGGGAACAUAAUGUGAAAUGGAAGCAUGGUUGGGAAAAUGGGGGAAAACAGUGCAGGCAGUGUCUGUUGAAUGUUUUCUUAAUCAGACCUCCUCCUCCACCGCUUCCACUUGGUUUUGUGGCUCUUGGAUCUCUCCAGACUCCAAUGCCAGUAUAGUAACUAUUUAUAUGAUACAGCCUUUGAUUUCGUGGCUCUUCGAUCUCUCCAGUCUCCAGUAGCUAUUUGUGGGAUCAACUUCCGAUGGAUUUGAUGGGCAGUGAGUUGCAUUUGAGCCGCUGAAUCCGCCUCUCAGUCCAGUCUCAUCUUCUAGCUUACUAAUCGGUGAUAUCUCGAAUCAUCUUGUUUGGCAUGAAUUAAAAUUUUCUUUUUCAGUACGAGUACCCGGAAGAAGUGCAUUUGACGGUGGGCAGAGCUGGAGCAUUAGCGCGUAUUUAUGCGUACGUAUUUAAGAGGGUUGGGGUCCGUGUCCGUGUUUAUUAAAAGCAAACGCGUGGACACUAGCAGAAGCGAGCCGGAGUGGAGGUGUCGUGCGCCUGCAAGUCAAGUCAAGUGGAUAAUUUAUUAAUUCGAUUUGAAAAUUGGAAGUACCUAUGCUAUUGCUAUGAUGCACAUACACUCUUAAUGGGCCGCCUUAAAGUUAAGGCCCAUUUGCAAUUGCAAUUGUACUAGUCUACCACCCGUAGCCUGUCUGAUUUAUUGAGAAAGUAAAGUUAAGUGGCUUUCUGUUCGGUUCCCUUCUUCUCGCGGGCUUUCAGGUAGAGGUAGCUGAGUGAAGCUUUACAAAUUUCAGCGCUUGCCCCUCUCUCUGGGUCCAACUGUAACUGCAACUCCACCUCAAUCUGAAUGGCUAACUCAUUGAGCGAUAGGAAAUUGAAGAGGUUGGAAUCUCGUAAGUCUCAUUCUUGGUGGUGGGAUAGUCACAUCAGCCCCAAAAACUCUAGAUGGCUCACGGAGAAUCUCGAGGAGAUGGAUCGCAGCAUCAAACGUAUGUUGAAGCUGAUAGAAGAGGAUGCAGAUUCAUUUGCCAAGAAGGCUGAGAUGUAUUAUCAGAAGAGGCCAGUGUUGAUCUCUCAUGUUGAGGAGUUCUACCGCAUGUAUCGUUCGCUCGCAGAGCGUUAUGAUCAUGUGACAGGGGAGCUGCGAAAAAAUAUUCCUUCAGAUCUACAAUCCCAGGGCUCUGGUAUGUCUGACCUCGGCUCUGAGCUGUUCCCUUCAUGGCCCUCUCCUGAUCAAAGGCUUGGACGUCGUAAGUCUGGGCCACGAGCUGCUGGCUUUGAUUUCUUCCUUGGAUCUGGUGGAAGCAACUCUGAUACUUGCCAGAAGGAAGGAGAUGAAUCAUCUUCUUUGACAGAAUCUGAACCUGAAUCUGAUGAUUCCUCGGUAAACAACUAUUCUGGUGGUGAUCAAGGGCUGAACAGGAAGAUGAUUGAAUUGGAGAUUGAGCUCCGUGAGGCUAAAGAAAAACUCCGGAUGAAUGCGGAUGGUUCAUUUCCAGUCAGGGGGGCAACGGACGAAAAUCCAAAAACAGAAAAUUCUGAAGAUGUUUUUGCUAGAAUGGCUGGAUAUGAGGAAGAACUAAAGAUUACAAAUGAGAAGCUGCGGAUUUCACAAGUACAGAUCAUGAGGUUGAAAAGCGAGCUCCAGAAGUGCAGGCAAUCAGAAUUAACCAAUGGUUUGCAGGCCGAGUCUGUGUCUUCUACUGCUACGAUGGAAGAAACCCGAAGGCAUGAGGAUGAGGUUCCCUUGGUCAUUUACACUAAUCAGGAAUCGGAGGUUGAAGAACAUCGUACAGGUUUGGAAGCUGGCCAAGUCAUCAACGUUGAGGAACUGGUAGAAGAGCUAAAACUUACUAAGGAAAGACUUGAGGAAUCGCAGAAAGCACUUUCUAAAUUAAAGCUUGAACUUGUGAACAAUACAACAGCUGAGAAAGUCUACCAUUUACAGGAGGAGCUCGAAGCUGCCCGAAAAGAUACUGCCUCAGGGAAGGCCAAGCUGAGUGCAGAGAGAAGAGAGGUCUCCAAGCUCCAAGAAAGAAUUUCAAGGUUGAAGGCUAGUUUAUCGGAUCGAGAUCACGAGAUCAGGGAUUUAAAACUAGCAGUAUCUGAUGCUGAGCAGAAAAUUUUUCCUGAGAAAGCACAGGUUAAGGCUGAAAUGUCUGAGCUAGUUGAGGAACGAGUUCUGUUGAUGGAACAGCUCAAAGAAUGGGAACAUCAAGCUCGUCUUUUAGAGGAUGAGAUCAGAAAGUUGAAGGGGGAAAAGGUGGAUUUGGAGGAGAUACUUAACGGUGAGAUUGAGCGGUUGAAAAGGAGUAUUGUUGAGAAGGUAGAAUGCAUUGAGAAUCUUAAAAACGGGCUUAAUGGUUUACAAUCUGAAAGAGAUCAGCUCCAUGCAGAAGUGAUUACUUUGAAAGAGAAAUUGAGCUCUAAAGAGAAGCAGAUGGAUGAAAUGGGUGAGCAUAUGCAAAAACUGCAGAGGGAACGUGUGGAGCUGGUAUCAGGUGUUGAAAAGUUACAGAAGCAGGUGGAGGAGUUGAGAUUAAGAGAGAAGGAACUGGAGGGCGAGGUCGAGAGGCAAAGAGUAGUGAUAAUGGAAGGAGCAGAGGAAAAAAGAGAGGCUAUAAGGCAGCUAUGUUUUUCGAUUGAGCACUACAGGAGUGGAUAUCAUAUGCUUAGAGAAGCUUUUAUGGGGCAAAAGCGAGUUCCGGUGUUGGCAUCUUAAGGGCUCUAUCAUAAGAUUUAGAAAUUGUGUACUUGAAGAGAAGAGUUGUUGGCUUGUUUCUGGGGCGAAACAAACAGUUAAUAGAGAGUCUGCAACACUUUGCCGUGGAUUGGGUCAUAAUGCGGUUGUCUGCUUGUUAAAUUAAUGAUGUAAAUGUAGUUGUUUAGAGUAACAAUGAGCGAUAUGGUGCUUCUCCAUGGCUGGCUGCCGAUGGUUUGCUUUCACAACUCUGGCAUGAUUCAUGAAUGGUCCCGUGUGCGUGCUUUUAGGACCUUUUGUACUUGGGUAAAACUUGAAAGGUAGAAGAUGAAUAUGAACCAAGUAAAUGAGCUCCAUAUUCUACGGCUUGUAUUUUGUGGUUAUGAGAUGCAAGGACUGAAGCAAUUUGCCACAUCAACUUUUUGGUUAAGCUUUGUCCUAUGCCUACCUGUUGCUCUUUUAUGUUUACUAGUAUUUAAGAAGAAAAAGAAAUACGAUAUAUGAGCCUCAUAUUAUGAGGUGGUAUGAAUAUCAUAUUCCAUGUAUUGAAAGACGAAUACAGACGAGACAUCAUUGACCCGACCUCUUCAAGUGGAAA